AUGCUAGGGGCGAAUCUUCAUUUUGGAUCAUGUCCUGAGGACAAAAUUCUGAACAUGCUGCAAGCUACAAUUCAGAAACUGCAAGAAGUAUUAUAUUCAGAGAGAACCAGCAGCACAGAGGCACAUGGAAUGGAGUUCACCAAAGCUUCUGUGAAUCCUCUUGUAUUUGAAGAUUCAGCAUGGGCCCUUAGGAAGGUUCUCCAUCUUUUUAAGGAGUCGUGUGUGCUACACACACACAGCAUAGGCUCCCUGAGAGAAGCACUAAGCACAACAGUACGCACACUUAUGGAGCGAGACAGGCACGCAAAUUAUGUGCACAUGCUCCCAAAGAGAGAGACCCGUGCGAAGCAACUGGGAGUCCCCAGAGAAAGCAAUUUUCACCAAAAUGUCUAUAUCAACGAUCUCAUUCAAAGUGUUUUGGAAGACGUGCACAGCAUUGAGAAGACGCUGUUUUCGAUAACAAGUAAAUUCGACAAAGCAAUCACCAUCAUCUCUGGAGGGAAACCGCAAAGUACUGAGGCUGCGACAACAAGGGAUGAUCUUGUGAUUCAUUCAAAGGACAGGCUAGUCCUUCCACAGCUAUUUUCUAAAGAGGAAUGUGGCUCUCAAAAUAUCGAACCAGAACAUACAUCAAAUGUCUCACCCCUUUCAGACAUUGAGAAUCGUGUCCUUCAAAGCAGCUCAAAUAUACAAGGCGAGACCCUUGCUGGGUUUGAGAGAAAGACUUGCCCACAUAAACUGUUUACUGAAAGCCCAAUUGGCCUUGUAAGACAAGAAAAGGACAGAGUUCUGUAUGAAAUGAUGAAGAGCCAAGAAAACGAUGGCCUUGGUCCUCUUGGACAGGAUGUUGGAGAGGUGAAGAAAGAGCCAGUGCAGGAGGAUGAAGAAGACAAGAAGAUGGAGAAGACUGGCACCGUGGUAAUGGAAGAACGUAUGAGCUGCACACAUGAGUGUAUUACAAUAGGUUUGACAGAUUCAGCAAGAUCUUCCUCCAACGUUAUGUGCUAUAUAACUGCCCCACUAGAAGUCACAAAAGUUAUUAGAUGUAAGGCAGUGGACAGCCUCAGUUCUCUCAUGGUGACUGGGACAGAGGAGCUAGUCAGUAGCGUGCUCAGACUUGAAAACUUCAGCAACAUAAAGUGUCCCUUCCCACUUACUGUAGCCAUACCUUUUCGGGCUUGUUACCACCUGAAUUACCGGGAGGCUGUGGUAAAGGUGGUGGACCAAGAGCAGAGGAUCGGUUAUGUCACUCCAGCAGCCACUGAGGGCAUCUACGGAGGCUGCAGGGGUACAUUUGCAGUGGUGAGGGUCUACACUCUUGGUGUAUUUGCAGUCUUAUCACGUUUGCAGAGGGAGACAUUCACAAUCCCAAAGAGAGGCCUGUGUCUCAAACUGAGCGUGGACUCCAGGAUAUGCCUGAACUAUCCACCUGGAUCUUUCAGCACACCAGUGAUUGCACAAGCAACAGUACACCCUGUAGAUGCUUUGCUCCUGUCUUCACUGAAGUGCAGAAAUGAUUCCUGCCGCCCAAUCCUCACCACUAGCCCUCUACUGUAUCUGAAUCACCCUUUAACUGUAAGCCCUCUACAACCAUUGACCCUAACAUUGCCCUGUCCUGCUAAACCUAAAAAUAUGAAGACAGGAGAGGAGAAGACCUGCAGUUACUCUGACAGCACAGCUCUUAUACCUGACAACAGCUCACCUCACCGGAUCAGGUUUUUAAGUGCUUCAGCGCAAGCAUCCAAAAGUCAGACUAAAGAGCAGCUGGUUGUCCUGGGCUGGAGAGACAAGCGCUGGAGUGUUCUAGAUAAAGUCACUGUGAGGAAUUUACAGAACGACCUUGUUUCUUUUGAGGUCUUGGAGAACUACGAGCGGCUGAUAGUUGUUCGUCUGCUCUGUUCUGUAAGACCUUCUUGCUUGGUGUUUUUUGCUGAGGAGCUGCAGGAGUCAUUGAGGACUUGUCCAGUAUCGAUAGCCAUGCACAAGAAACAGACGGACCCCAGCAAUGUGGUUCUGACUGUCCUGCCCAGUAGAGAUCUCAGCUGGGGACUGACUGAACUGCAUGCCCAGGCUUACUGUGGGUCUCCAGAGCAGUCUGCUGAGAUUUGGAUAAAAGAAGGAGAGCAACUUCUGCUGAAAUUCAGCGGUAACAUAAUAUGCACAGGUGACCAGUGCUCAGAGCCUCACACACUAACAUUUCACAAUCAGAGAAGGAAUUGGCUCUGUCUGCAGCUGAAGGAACUGGACCCCUUUGGAAACUCCAGCUCAGCCCAGUACAAAGGCAUGGCGCUACUUUACCGAAUCCCUAAAGAUCAGCUUGUAUGGAGAGAAGACACAGCAGUUAUAUCUAAAGGCUAUGGCUUGGGACAACCGGCCUGUAAGCUGUCACUUACUCUUCCGAAGACAGUGAAAACUCUGUCUCAACCAAUCGGUGCAAAAUUCUUGAGACAUGAUCAGGCAGAGCCACUCUGUGAUGAGCUACUAGCCUGGCUAUGUAGCAAGCUGUCCGAAGAAGACGCAUCCCUGCUGGUAAUGUGUCUUCGCUUGCGCCGUUCAUCUGUCCAGCUGGCCCGACUCCGAGCUCCAAACAGCCUUGCGCUGCAGAUUUUUCAUAUCCUGACCACAUGGAGACAAGCCCUGCCUUCCCUCACACCAAAAUGUCCUUUGCUUGCCCACUGUCUGACUCGCAUCGGCAGGCCAGAGCUGGCUGCAGAGCUGCUGAAAAAAAGGUCCCGCUGUGGACAGGAGUGAGAGGCAAUGUGCAGAGACACAAAGACCUAUAACAGUCCAUGGAUCCCCAUUCUGUGACAUUAAAGGACCGGUAUUUGAUAGUCUAUAUUUAGAAAUGAGUUGCAGACCUGAAUGUUUAUUCUGCUAAUUCUAAGAUGGAGAAUAAUUGAACAUAAUAGAAGUAGGUACAACAUGUUUGUAAGAAAAAUAUAUAAAUAUGGAGUUUUUAAUUCAAUUCAGAUUUAUUCAACAAGCCUUACUGGCAUAAUCGUGUAUAUGUACAGUAUUGUUGAGGCAUUACAGUCGUCUUAGCAUCUUAGUUGUAUCAAUUGAAAUGU